AUGGCUUCACGCUUUACCUUACUCUUCCUUUUCUCCCUCCUAAUCGCGACGUCGUUUACCUACUCUGCCGCCGAUGCAGAUGCCGGAGGUGCUGCCGACAGCGGCGAUCUUCUGAUUCGGCAGGUGGUGGAUCACGGCGAGGAAUUGGGGGCCGUUGACGAGAACACGCUACUGAACGCCGACCACCACUUCGCGAUCUUCAAGAGAAAAUUCGGAAAGUCGUACGCCACGCAGGAGGAGCACGACCGCAGGUUCGGGAUCUUCAAGGCUAACCUGCGCCGCGCGUGGCGGCACCAGAAGCUCGACCCCGCCGCCGUCCACGGCGUCACGCGAUUCUCCGAUCUGACGCCGAGCGAAUUCCGCCGCCAAUUCCUUGGCCUCAACAGGCAGCUCCGCCUCCCUUCCGACGCUAAUAAGGCGCCGAUUUUGCCGACCAAUGAUCUGCCGGUCGAUUUCGAUUGGAGAGAACAUGGUGCUGUCACACCGGUGAAAAAUCAGGGUUCUUGUGGAUCAUGCUGGUCGUUUAGCACAACAGGAGCUCUGGAAGGUGCCAAUUUUCUGGCAACAGGAAAGCUUGAGAGCCUCAGCGAGCAACAACUUGUGGAUUGUGAUCAUGAGUGUGAUCCCGAAGAAAAGGAUUCGUGUGACUCUGGCUGCAACGGGGGACUAAUGAACAGUGCUUUCGAGUACACACUCAAGUCUGGUGGACUAAUGCGAGAGAAGGACUAUCCUUACACCGGCACUGAUCGUGGGGCUUGCAAGUUUGACAAGUCUAAAAUUGCUGCAAAGGUUGCUAACUUUAGCGUCGUUUCCCUUAAUGAAGAUCAAAUUGCUGCAAAUCUUGUCAAGAAUGGUCCUCUUGCUGUGGCUAUCAAUGCAGUCUUUAUGCAGACGUACAUGAAAGGAGUCUCGUGCCCAUACAUUUGCUCCAAGAGAUUGGACCAUGGUGUAUUGCUCGUUGGUUAUGGGGAAUCUGGGUAUGCUCCUAUCAGGAUGAAGGAUAAGCCGUAUUGGAUUAUUAAAAAUUCGUGGGGCGAAAACUGGGGAGAAAAUGGCUACUACAAAAUCUGUCGGGGACGGAAUGUUUGUGGAGUGGACUCUAUGGUUUCCACCGUUGCAGCUGUUAGCACUUCUCAGUGA